UGAAAACAAAAUUCCUCCAAAUUUUGUUCUUUAAGGGAUUGAUGGUGAAUACGGGCAGUGAUUAUGUUUCAUGUAUUGUGUAAUAUUAAAACGAAUACUGUACUCAAACUACGUGUUAUUUCACUUUAAGUAAUGUUUAAAAAUUAAAAAAAUAUGAAAUAGGUAACUGUAAAAUAAAUUUUAGAAAUAAACUGUGUAUCUCGCAAUGGGAUUUAUUUAAUGCAUCAAUGUAUUCCUGCAUAAUUUUAAUUCCUGAAAAUCUAAAUGAUCAGAUGUCUACAAUGUGGUAACAGAUGACAGAUAGUUGUUUGUCUUAAAAGUCAGAAUAAGGCUUUUCUUGACACCUACCGUCUUAAACCACGAACAUAACUUACUUGUUUUUAUAUUUUAGUGGCAAGCCGAUGGACAAGUCAAAUCUUUCGGAACAUGAACUUCGCGUUGAGUUUCAAGGAAUUCGACGGAGUGUCAAAUCAAGCAGAGGACAGACUAUCUAGUUCGGACAUAUCACAAUCAGUAUCUAGUGAUUCAGAUUCAGAACAAGAAACGAACAUGCUUGAAACUCGCUCUACAUCUUGUAAGAAAAAAACUACAUCGCAAGCUACCAUGUCAAAUGAUCGAGACUUAGAAGCAGACAAUCCAGUAGAUGAAUUGACAGGUGACAAAACCACAAGCAAAAUUAGACGUAAUCGCAAGGCAAACCCCGAUAGUUGGAAGUGUGUACAAGCAAAAAUUUUAAGGAAUCAUGGUAAAGCGUAUUUAAAUAUGAAGAACAAACUAGUUCCUGCAAGAAAAUUGAAAACGCCAUGUGGAGAUCAGUGCAAAUUAAAAUGUAAAGAAAAAAUUACAGAAUUACAAAGACAGAUUAUAUUUCAAGACUACUGGGAUUUUGGUGACUUGGAACGGCAGCGGGAAUAUAUUAAACGACAUAUUUCCGAAAUUAAGCCAAGAUACUCGUACAAGGUACACAACAGUAAUCGGGGAAAUAAUUUUGCAUGUUAUUUUUCAGUGGGAAAUAAAAAAAUUAGAGUCUGCAAGACUUUCUUCAAAGCCACUCUUGAUAUCAGUGACAGAACUAUCAGGACUGUAAUCCAAAAAACCACAGACACGGGAAAUUUAGAAGAUCGUCGAGGAAAACACAAGAACCACGCUUGUAAAUUUAAAUUGUCGCCAAUUUCUCAUAAAAGGUCGCACUCAAAAUGAGGGUGAUAGUGUUCACUCUAUUAUAGUCGUCAAUCCAAAAGAAGCGUUAAAUAUGGAGCGAUAUACACAUCAUAUUGAUAUACACAGACAACGGCGGCAGCAGAGCAGUAAAGAAAAACGUAGUUACAACAGAUAAUUUUCAAACUAUUUCGCGACAAAGUCGCGGGCACAGAAUCAGACAGUAUGUGUAUUAAAACAAACAUUACUUCAGACUACAUCUUAUUUAUCUUUAAGUCUAAAUAAUUUAAAUGUACCUAUAGGUAACUCAAAA